GUGAGUUCCUGUAGUUAGCAAUGGGAAAGGUUUAGAGAUGUCAUGUUGUUCUUGAGUUUAAAAGGAAACUACUGGGAGUAAACACGUUUCAGGCGAGUUGUUUUGAAUCCCGUUUAUUCAAACAAACAAAUACAAAAAAACAUUCAGGGUUUAACGUCUCCAAAACAUACAAUUUAAGAGCCGACCACGUAAAGGAUGCGGGUAAAAGGUCCAUUUUCUUUAAAAGCUGAUGAAAUGACAAAGAGAUCAAAUAGGCCGAGAAAGCCCAGAGAUGAGGAAUCCUCCGAUGAAGUCACUGGUUUAACAUGCCAGCAUGUACGUAAGGCUGUUGAUCUAAACUCUGUGAAGAAAGCAGUGUCACAGAGUCUGUGGUCUGUGUGCUCAGAAUGUCUCAAGGAAAGGACUAUGUAUGACGGAGAGCCUGUAGGUUCCUUUGAUAUCUGGAUGUGUCUAAAAUGUGGUUUCCAGGGCUGCAAUCCACCUGACAGACAGCACUUGAUGAGGCAUUUCCAGACCGUACACCCAGAACCCCACUGCAUUGUUCUCAGUCUGAGUACAUGGAAAGUAUGGUGCCAUGAAUGUAAUGAAGAAUUAUCCACGCAUUGCAACAAAAAGGUUCUUGCCCAGAUGGUUGACUUUCUUCAGAAACAUUCAGAUAAGACAUCAUCAGACACAUCAUCAAAAAUAAUAAAAAUCCGAGAGGACGCUACAGAGGGCAGUGAUCUUUUGAAGGGGAAAACUCCAGUCAUCAGCACAUUAGUACCUGUGAAAGGCAUAAACAAUCUGGGAAAUACCUGCUUUUUUAAUGCCGUUAUGCAGAAUUUGGCACAGACACACUUGCUGAAUGACUUGAUUUUUGAGAUGAAGGAAAAGGGACCCAAGAUAAAGAUAUGUCCACCGCUGGAAACAAACUUGGAUCCAUUAGUUGUGACUCUCCCAAGCCCUGAGCCUUUGACUUCUGCCAUGUUCCUGUUUCUCCACUGCAUGAAGGACACAGGGAAAGGGCCAGUUUCUCCCAAACUGCUCUUUAACCAGCUGUGUCACAAAGCACCCAGAUUUAAGGGCUACCAGCAGCAAGAUAGCCAGGAACUUCUACACUAUCUUCUGGAUGCUAUGAGAGUAGAAGAGACAAAGCGUAUAAAAGCUAGUAUCCUGAAGUCAUUUAAUAACCCAACUGAGAAGACUGCAGAUGAAGAAACAAAGCGGCAAGUGAAAGCAUUUGGCAAAGAAGGUGUAAAGAUGAAUUUUGUUGACCAGAUCUUUGUUGGAGAAUUGACUAAUACUAUCAUGUGUGAGGAAUGUGAACAUAUUUCUACUGUCAAAGAAGCUUUCAUUGAUUUAUCUCUCCCAAUAAUUGAAGAAAGGGUUUCUAAACCUGCAAAUCCUGGAAGAACAACAAAAUUUAGCAAGCUUCAAGAAAGGGAACUUUCAGAAGAGGCAACAUCACCUACCCUUGUUCAUCCUUCAAAAAAUACCAAGAAACAUGCUGCAGGAAAGGACAAGAAUCAUCUAAGAUCCCAAAAGACACCAGACAAAUGUUCAUUCGGUACUGAAGAAAGCGGUAAUGAUGAAGAUGACUGUCCUGCAGAUCUGAAAUGCAUUUAUAGGGAGGCUGGUAGUAAGAAGGUGGCAGCUAAUGGCAGUGAGAAAGAUGGGAGUAAUUUAGAUAGCAGUAAUGAUGCAGAUAGCGAGGCUUCAGAAAGUGAGUGCCCUUCAAAGCAAACUUUAAACAGCAGCACUGUUGAUUACAUCAAGACUGACAGUUCAAAUCACUCCCCCUUAAAGAGUGACUCUUUGCACAGCAAGUAUAAAGACUGCAAUCGUAACGAGCCUCUCACAUGUGCAGUGUCCAGACUCAGCCUGAACAAUAACAUAAGUGAAACAUUGUGCAGUAGCCCGAAUCAGCAGGAACAAACAGGCAGCGUUUCACACAGUAAAGAUUCAGCCAAGGAAAAGCCCUUGAUAUCCCAGAAUCCUCAAAUAGCUUUCCAGUCACUCUCCCAUAGCUACGUACCCAGUUCUAAAGAGUGCUCUGUCCAGUCAUGUCUAUAUCAGUUUACUUCAGUGGAGCUGCUAAUGGGCAACAAUAAGCUGCUGUGUGAGAACUGUACAGAGAAGCGUCAGAAACACCAGAAGAGGACCAUUACAACUGCCGAGAGAAAAGCAGAAAAUGUUUACACCAAUGCUCGUAAACAAAUGCUCAUCUCUGCUCUCCCUCCCAUUGUAACUCUUCAUCUCAAACGGUUUCACCAGGCAGGUAUGAGUCUGCGCAAAGUAAAUCGUCAUGUGGACUUCCCAAUGGUUUUGGAUUUAGCACCAUUCUGUUCUACUUCAUGCAAGAAUAUUGUGGAGAGAGAGAGAGUGCUGUACAGUCUAUAUGGAAUAGUAGAGCACAGUGGCUCGAUGCGGGGAGGUCACUACACUGCCUAUGUAAAGAUCAGAGCCCGUCAUAGGAGACAUGAACACAGGAGAAAUGUUGCAGGUCAGAAGGAAGCUGUGGACACAUCACCAGGUCAGUGGGUAUACGUCAGCGACACCCACAUACAAACUGUUCCUGAAUCAAGAGUACUCAAUUCUCAAGCCUAUCUGCUUUUCUAUGAAGCAUUGUUGUAGUGAUGCUGUAUCAAGAUACAUGCUUGCCUUCUCUAUGCAGCUCCACCGGACUUACAAAGACCUCAUCAAAGGUGCUCAUUUCACCUUAAGGAAGAGAACACAGCAGCAAUAAAGUAGCAAUAUGGCUACCUUAAAUGCAGUCAUAAAAUACUCUUUCAGCUUGUUAGUUUUCUUCACAAUGUUGAUGUUGAUAUUUCAUGCAUGUUUACCAGUUGUGUGUGUGUGCGUGUGUAUAUAUAUAUAUAUAUAAUUUGAAGGUUUAUAAGAAUUCAUAUUGUUGAGGAUUGGUCUUGAGAAAUAAAACUGAAGUAGUUUACACUGUGGGAUAUUGUAGUAAAUGACAGUGUAUGUAUUUAAUAAUUUAAAAUGGUAUCUUUAAAAUGCAAUAUUAAAAUAUAGAUAUCCCAUGCCCCCACCCCCCCCCCCCACCCCCACACACCACAAAGUGAGUGUAUUAUUUUAAUAAUAUGUAUUCCAUUAUAAUAGAAAAAACCCUUAAAGAAAGGUUAUGUAUUUUCCCCAGGCUUACAUUUAAGCUGACAACUUCUCCCAAUAGUGGUGAAACAUUUCUUAGCACAAGUUCCUUUAGGCCACGAAAACCUAUGUAUGCUUAAUUUUCUGUCUUAGAUUAACUAUAUCAAUGAAGACUAUAGCUUCAGAAAUAUAUUUGCUAAAUAAGUAAUAGUGUAAUGCUCAAUAUGUGAACUAACCCCACUCUCAUUAUUCUUUGAUUUUUUUAUUUUAUUUUAUUUUAUUUUUUAUUUGUACUUCUAGUUGGUGAAAUUCACUGGCAUAGAUAUAGCCUAAAAUUAAUUAGCUUUACCUGUUUUACAACAGCUGACAUUUUGGUAUACAAGAAUAUUUUUUUGCAAGAUUUUAAAUUAGUAAUAAAAAAAAAAAGUUGUAUUUUUUAUUAUAAUUUCAAUGUGGUAUCCCUUACAUUAAAUAAAAAACAAAUUCAGAUGAUCCAGUAGUCUACUUUAUGAAAUCUUACCACUGUUAGUGUCCUGUUGCCUGAUGAGCAGCCCAUUAAACCAGUCAACAAAUCUGAAGCAUUUGUAACCUACAGUGCCGAGAAAACAUUUGUGAACCCCAAUGAUAAUUAUGGAAAUUCC